AUGUGUUCUCCAUCCCAAUCCUCCAACGCCCUUCCCAUCGCCCCCCUUCCCCACGCCCCUUCCCCUAUCGUCCUCACUUCCCCACGCCCCUUCCCUUAUCGCCCCCUUCCCCACGCCCCUUCCCCUGUCGCCCCCUUCCCCACGCCCCUUCCCCUAUCGCCCCUUCCCCACGCCCCUUCCCCUAUCGACCCCCACCUUCCCCACGACCCUUCCCAUCGCCCCCCUCAUCCACGUCCAAUCCCCAUCAACCAACGCCCUUCCCCUACCGACCCCCUUCCCCACGCACCUUCCCCUAUCGCCCCCUUUCCCACUCCUCUUCCCCUAUCGACCCCCCACCUUCCCCACGCCCCUUCCCAUCGCCCCCCUCCCCCACAUUCCAUCACAAUCCCCCAACGCCCUUCCCAUCGCCCCCACCCCACGCCCCUUCCCCUAUCGCCCACCCCUUCCCUUCGCCCCUUCCCAACGCCCCUUCCCAUAUCGCCCCCUUCCCCACGCCCCUUCCCCCAUCGCCCCCUUCCCACGCCCCUUCCCCCAUCGCCCCCUUCCCCACGCUCUUUCCCAUCGUCCCCCUCCCCGACCUCACAUCACCAUCCCCCAACGCCCUUCCCCUAUCGCCCACUUCCCCACGCCCCUUUCCCCAUCGCCCCCUUCCCCACGCUCCUUCCCCCAUCGCCCCCUUCCCCACGCUCUUUCCCAUCGUCCCCCUCCCCCUCAUCCCAUCACCAUCCCCCAACGCCCUUCCUCUAUUGA